CCUCCUUCCACAAGCCGCUGCAGCCAGCGCUUCCCACGUUAGGUCAUGUGACCACGAAGGAGCAUUUGACCCGUGACGUGAGAAUCCUCCCUGUAACAACUCCAUUCUAGCAGCUACAUUAUGGCUGGCGGUGGCGACCAGGGCUGCCAAGGGAGCAGUCAGAGCGAACGAGACCGCCAGUACUGUGAGCUGUGCGGCAAGAUGGAGGACUUGUUACGCUGCGGACGUUGUCGCAGUUCUUUUUACUGCAGUAAGGAGCACCAGCGGCAGGACUGGAAGAAGCACAAGCUGGUGUGCCAGGGAGCAGCCCCGGGCACUGAGGCAAAAGCUGCGGGGUCCAAGAAAGAUGCCCCUCAGGAGCAGACCGAGUCCACCCCGAAGGGGGCUGCCCUGAAGUGCCCACAUUCCAAGCAGCUGGAGGUGGUGGUUGGAGGGGAGACCCUGAGGGCCAUCAAUGAAGAAGACUAUACCCAGAAGUCUGGGGAGGCGUGUGCUGCUGGCAGGAGAGGAGAAGAGGGGCAGGAGAGACCCAACCGCCACAACAAGCCCCUCUUACAGAAGCUGGCCCUGGAGUACAUCAUCCCCUGCAUGAAUAAGCAUGGCAUCUGCGUGCUGGACGACUUCUUAGGCCAGGAGAUUGGCGAGAGGAUAGUGGGGGAGGUGAAAGCCUUGCACAGUACGGGACGUUUUACUGACGGACAGCUAGUCAGCCAAAAGAGCGACUCCACCAAGAACAUCCGGGGGGACCAGAUCACUUGGGUGGAGGGCAAGGAGUCGGGAUGUAAGGCCAUCGGCCACCUGAUGAACAGCAUGGACGACCUGAUACGUCACUGUGGUACCAAGCUGGGCAACUUCAAGAUCAACGGGAGAACGAAGGCAAUGGUCGCUUGUUAUCCUGGAAAAGGAACAGGCUAUGUGCGACAUGUUGACAACCCAAAUGCAGAUGGAAGAUGUGUCACUUGCAUAUAUUAUUUGAAUAAGGACUGGGAUGCUAAGGCAAAUGGAGGUGUACUUAGAAUUUUUCCUGAAGGCAAAUCUCAGUUUGCAGACAUUGAACCCAGUUUUGACAGAUUGCUGUUUUUUUGGUCAGAUCGACGCAAUCCUCAUGAAGUCCAACCUGCAUUUGCUACAAGGUACGCAAUAACUGUCUGGUACUUUGACGCAAAUGAAAGAGCAAGAGCUAAAGAAAAGUAUCAAACAGGUGAAAAAUCUGUGAGGAUUGAGCUGAACAAAUCAUCGCAAGGGGUUAUGAAAGAAGUAUUUUGUAAAGAAUGAACCUGCAGCACUUUUGGUCUCUUUAUGUAUACAGCAUAUACAUAGUGACACGAAACCAAUGUAUUGUCCGAGUUGCCUCAUAUGCAGCGGGAUCUCUCGCCGCAUUAUGUUGUGGAUGUACGUAAUGGUAAAGCUUGUAUAUGACGACUAUAUAUGAUGCACCAAUAAACUUAAAGUAACUACUGGUCUGCGCCAGUAUUGCCAACUAUACAUAAACUACACGUACAUAACUCUGUAUUCUUGUAUUAAAUUCUAUAUUUUGUUUUUACUAAUUUGCAAUCAUGAAUUUGUUCUUUAAAAGUAUUAUAAAUGAUCACUGUGCAAUUACUUUUCUUCUACACUUGAAUAUGAAAGAACGGGGGAGAAUUUACCCUUUAAAUGAAAUAUUUUCCAGAGAAUUUGUGUAAUUCAUUGAAAAGUUUUGGUUAAAUUUUUGAUAUGUCAUAGAGACAUAUCAAACAUUUUGAGCAGUGGGGGUCUGAGCAAUGAGACCCCUACUGAUGGCGAGAACAAGGAGAGAGAAGCACUUGUAAUUGUGCUCUCUCUCUCCUUGCUGCAGAAGUAGUCUAUAGAAGAUGUAUGGGCUCUUCUCGACUCAGUCCUCUGCAGUGAGGAGAGAGGGAUAUGUAAGCGCUUCUCUCGCUUCUAGUCAUCUCUCGUUCUAGUCAUCAUUGGGGGGUCUCAGCGCUCAUACCACUGAUCAAAACUUUUGAUGUCUUGACAUUUUACCAAAACAGAGACCCUGUAAAACUAAAACCGUUUUAUAGACUAAGGGGGGCAUUGGUGUAUUAAUGUCAUAGACUUUUUGCCACUCGUGCCACUUUUCCUGAGUGCUGAGAAAAGGGGGCAUGAUGUGAGCGGUCCGUCUCAUUUAUUAUUUUCCACGCCAGUUUUUGGUGUGGAAAAUGACUUAAAUCUACGCCAGCAGGGAAGCUGGCGUACAUUUUAAUAUGUCGCACGGCCUGCUGGACGAAGCCAAAGUUAUGUAGAGGUCUGCGCCUCCUCCAGCAGUGUCUUAAUAAAUGCCCCCCUAAAUUUUGUAUUGUCCCAUCCAUGUUACUCUCCUGCCAAUCUGGCAUCAGGCAUGGAGAGACGCAACUGCACACUGGUUGAUACGUUUGCUGAGGCAGCCAUACAGCACUCGGCAAGUGUUGUGCGCCGAUCCUGUUAAUUAGUAUAGGACUCAUGCACGACAUGUUAAGGCCAUCGUACAGUUGUGUCUCAUCACGGCAAAUGUCAGAUCAGGUGGAGAGACCCUUAAUUACAGGGCAAAUGCUGUAUAUUUUUACUGAAUACGCAUGGGCUAACUUAGACCUCAAAUGAUUUCAGAUCGAGAUAUAUACAUAGUCAUGUCCAAAAGUGUUGGCACCCAGAAAAUUAUUGUAGUUACACAUGUUUUGUUUUACACAUGUUUAUUUCCUUUGUGUGUAUUGGAACAACACAAAAAAAAAAUGAGGAAAAAGGCAAAUUGGACAUAAUUUUUAUACAAAACUCUGUUGUUGGCACCUUUUCAAAAUUAUGGGUAAACAAGUAUGUUUCAAGCAUGUGAUGCUCGUUCACACUCACCUGUGGAAAGUAACAAUGGUGGGAAAUAUUAAAAUCACACCUGAAACCAGAUAAAAAGGGAAGAAGUUGACUCAAUCUUUGCAUGUGUGCCACACUAAGCAUGGAGAACAGAAAGAGACGAGAACUGUCUGAGGACUUGAGAACCAAAAUUGUGGAAAAAUAUCAACAAUCUCAAGGUUACAAGUACAUCUCCAGAGAUCUUCAUGUUCCUUUGUCCACUGUGUGCAACAUAAUCAAGAAGUUUACAACCCAUGUAGCUAAUCUCCCUGGACGUGGAUGGAAUAAAAAAAUUGAUGAAAGGUUCCAACACAGGAUAGUCCAGAUGGUUAAUAAGCAGCCCCAAUCAAGUUCUAAAGAAAUUUAAGCUGUCCUGCAGGUUCCGCUUGCAUCAGUGUUAGCGCAAACUAUCCGUCAGCAUUUGAACGAAAUUAAAAGCUAUGGCAGGAGACCCAGGAGAACCCCACUGCUGACACCGAGACAUAAAAAGCUAGACUGCAUUUUGCCAAAUUGUACGUAAGCCAAAAUCCUUGAGAAAACAUCUUGUGGACAGAUGAGACCAAGAUAGAGCUUUUUAGUAAAGCACAUCAUUUGCUGUUUACCAAAAACAGAAUGAGGCCUACAAAGAAAAGAACACAGUACCUACAGUUAAGUAUGGUGGAGGUUCAAAGAUGUUUUUGGGGUUGUUUUUCUGCCUCUGGCACUGGGUGCCUUGAAUGUGUGCAAGGUAUCAUGAAAUCUGAAGAUUACCAAAGGAUUUGGGCUCGAAAUGUAGGGUACAGUGACGGAAAGCUGGGUUUGCGUCCUAGGUCAUGGGUCUUCCAGCAGGACAAUGACCCCAAACGUACUUCAAGAAGCACCCAGAAAUAGAUGGAAACAAAGCACUGAAGAGUUCUGAAGUGGCCAGCAAUGAGUCCGGAUCUAAAUCCCAUUGAACACAUGUGGAGAAAUCUUAAAAUUGCUGUUGGGAGAAGACACCCUUCAAGUAUGAGAGACCUGGAGCAAUUUGCAAAAGAAGAGUGGUCAACAUUCCAAUUGAGAGGUUUAAGAAGCUUGGCGAUGGUUAUAGGAAGCGAUUGAGUUCAGUUAUUUCUUCCAAAGGGUGUGCAACCAAAUAUUAAAUUGAGGGUGCUAGUAAAUUUGUCCGGCCCAUUUUUAGAGUUUUUUGUGAAAUUGAAUUUUUUAUUUUUUUCCAGUUUUUUUGUGUUGUUCCAAUACACACAAAGGAAAUACACUUCUUUGUAAAUUUUGUGGGAGAAAUACUUCAUUUUCUGGAAAAAUUUCAGGGGUGCCAACACUUUUGGCCAAGACUGUGUAUAUGGAGAACUGUAAGUUUUUUGUUUUUUUUCUUGGACAGUUAUUGUACCUCACUUUUAGAAGAGAAAAUGUACAUAAAUAGUGAUGUUUAUAGCAAAUGCAUAAACCUGCUGCUAAAGGAGUUUAUAAACUUUCUGUUUGUAAAGAUACUAAAAUUAUUUUUCUGCUAAGCAGUAGUGCUAGGGAAUAGUUUUGAGCCACUGAUUAUGAAGAAUGUUAGAAUUAAAUUUUCACAAACUUGAAGUGCCUGUUCUGAGCUCGUUUUGUUUUGCAUUACGUUAGCAAAUGAUUUUAAAUUAUUCAUGUUUACCUUAAGUAUAUUUGCUGUUUUUCCUUUCUUCGUCUACACCCUGUGUGCUGUAGAUGUUUCAAAGUACAUUUGUAGCGUAUAUAGUAUACAUUAUUAAUAUAAAGAUUUUCUAUAAUGAAA